CGACUUUAUGCUUGCCAACACUCAGAGGCAUAUGAGUGGGAAGGAAGGGUCAGGCCUCCUUGACCCCAGAGUCUCCUGUGUCUUGAUGCCAUGUUACCUGGGACAAUAUUGACUUUCCCUAUCUGAUGGUGUGCCUGACAAACACAGAGCUUUGUUCAAGGCCACCUUAGUUCCACCAGUGGUGGGUCCGAGCUGGUGGCCAAGCUCGGGGCAGACGCUUCAGCUUCCGAGAAAGCCUUACCGGAGAUGUGAACUCUCAGCUGUAUCUGGCUCCUAACUUCUACAUCCUCCCUUACAUUUGGAGCGAAAGAAAAGUAAACCCAAGAAUGUUUCAAGAAUGAUGUCCUGAGAGUGUUGGGCUGGGUGGCCUGACAAGUCACCCCAUACACUGCAAAGUGGGAGACAACCUUGGUCAGUCCCAGGGAUGCACCAGCCGCAGCAUGAGAGGCAGUGGACACAGAAAGGCUCUGCGGGGUGAAUACUCUUAAUGCCACGGAGGAAAGAGUUCAGUACUAGUGAGAGGCGACCAGCGACGCUCUACAGGAGUUCUCCGUGUGGAAGAUGCCCCCUUGCAUCUCUCAUGGCUUAUUGGACUGAUUCCUGAGCAGGGGGCUCUGACCUCAUUCCCAGCGAGGAGCCUGAGGUCUAAGGAAGCAAGCAUCUUCCGCACCACCACUCAUCUCCCUGCCGCCCUCCCUGCUGGGCCGGGCCUCCCUGCAAGCCUCGUGGCCCCCGCUCGGUGCGGGCCUGCUGCUGCUGCUACACAGCCCGCCCAGCCUCGGACCGCGCUGGCCUCCAGAAGUGAUAGCUAAUUGGGGAGAGAAAGGGCUCGAUUGUCUGCGGCAGCCGGAAAGGCCCGGAGGAGGCGGCCGCUUCGCCCUGCAGCUGCCGCCGCCGGAGAUGUUUGGGGAUUACGUCAGCCUGGCGGGCAGGGGCCGCGGGGACAGCGCGGGAGGCGAGCUCCCGCAGGCCUCCCGCCGCCAGGGCCUCUGGACAAUGCUGCCAUUGUCGGUGCACGGAGUGCUUAGCUCCCCAUGAAUGGUACACGGGCCUCUUGACCAAGGAGGCCGCCUAUAGCCCCAACUGUCCCCUCACAGGCGGGGAGGCCCAGUGCAGUGGGAAGGGCUGGCUGCGGGCUGCACGGAUCUGUCCCUCAGAAGGGGCCACCGGCAGGCAGGCAGGGCUGAGAUCAGGCCUCAGCGAGGCUGCUGCUGCUGUACCCUGUGUGGUAGACUCCCUCCUCAGCAUGGCCUCCUGGCUGGGGGACACUCCCGGCCCUGACCCACUCAUGGUGCUCCUGGUUGUCAUCCUCCUGGUACGCUUCAUUCUGUGGUCCUGCCUGGGGACCUAUAUGGACUACAGGCUGGCCCGGCCUCAGCCUGGCAAACCCAAAGAAGAGUAAGCCAAGGGGCACAGAGGAGACCCAACCCUGGAAGUUUUGCACUAUGGCUCUACCAUCCUUCUGUGGGUGGGCAGGAGGUAGUGAGUGCCACAGACACCUUCCUGUUACUCUCCUUUGCCAUGGUCUGUCUCCACACCUGCCCCCAAGAGACCUCUAGUUUGGGCUAACCUCCCUAGCCCUUCACCAGCCAGGCAGGCACAUGAUCCUUACGUCCUAUCCAGCGUGCUGAAACCAGAGAGCAGUAGAAGAGACAGAGGUUCAGGGAGUCCCAGAACCUGCCCAUAUUAGUUAGGACCAUCCCCAUAGGAGGGUGUUUGCCUACACAGGCUGUCAAAGAAACCACUGUUACCAGGUUCCAGAACCCCAUGAUUGUGUGUCCCCUAGGAAAUGCCUGACUCUCCCCAAUCUCUAAUUCUUUGUAAGAGGCUGAAGUUGUGUGGUGAAGCCACAAGGACAGCUGUGACCAUUGCUCCCAAGGCCAGUGCUUUCAUGGAUCUCCAAUGUCCUAACCAGUCACUGGAUGCAGACAGCUGCCUCAGUUUCCCCGAGAAGACCUUAGGGAAGGGUCUCAAGAUGGUCUCAUGAGAUGGGGUUUGAGCCCAGCUCUUUGGCCUGGAGACCACUCUUUGCCUAUCGGAACCUUGGUUUCCCACCUUGGUUCUCAUGAGAGGAACCUAUGGGGUUGGUGAUGUGACUUUCGAGACGCUGUGUUCUUUUUGAAGACUCACCUGGCCCACCCAGGUGGCGUUGGACGGAAGGAGAGAGUUCAGAGCUCACACACGUGUGCAUAUGUGCAUCCCCUGUGCAUGAGGGAUCCAACGCUGUUGAGAAGACAGCUGGAGAUGGGGUUCUGCCAACCUUAUGUGACUCCCCGGUACCGUGGCCAUGGUCAAUAGACCCUGUUUUUUCCUUUGAACCAAAUUGUGUAGCAAGAUGUCUGUGGGCAUUCGAGGCUACAGUGUGUAAGUUCUGAGAUUUGGCAUGGACUUGCUUCUACUUUGCCCUCUGUGGCACAUGGUUUAGGGCUUCAUGGCCUGCAAGAAGGCUGCGACCACUUCAGAGACUUUACGUGGCCUCCAUGGACAGAGACGGGACAAUAGAGAUGGAAAGCGAUCCUUAAGGAACCCCAAGUUUGCAUCUCAUGAUCCAGAAUUAUGUCAUAGUGUCUUAGCCUCAUGACUGUCGUUGCGAUAAAUACUGUGGGCUCAGCUCAUAGUUCCACAUCAGUCCAUGAAGGCUGAGAAGCCUCUGGCAGGAGCGUGAGGCGUCCACUCCCAAUAUGCCUGGAGCUGGAGGAGGACGAACAGCAUAUGUCCCUCCUGAACUCUGCCACUGGCCUGGGCCACUCUUUUCUGUUAUGGCCUUUGGGGACUGGUUUGGGUACUUUGGUGUCUCUGUGGCCCCUGGGCACUGGCUUUAUCUUUAUGAGAACCUUAGGAUGGUAGAUAUGUCAAACUUUGGCAUCUUCCUGGCUUGCCUUGGUUCCUUGGAGGGGUCUUCAAAAAAAUGUCUCAGUCAUUUGGGUGUGGUGGCACAUACUUGCUAUCCCAGCACUUGGGAGGGAAAAGCAGGAAGAUCAGAACUUUAAGGUCAUCCCCAGCUACUUAGUGAGUUCAGGCUGUAGCAUGAAAUAACAAAAGUGCACCAUCUCAUGCUAUGACUGGCUACCCUCUGGCCCUGGUGCUCUCACUGCCUCCAGGGCCUCCAAGCAUCCAUGGCAGGUCACGGCCUAGCCAGCUUCACGGUUCCAAAUUCCAGUGGCUGGCUGGGCUGCCCCACCAUGGUACCUUUCUCUGGAACUCAGUUGAGUGGCUGUGUGAAGGAAAACACCACACAAACUUAGUUUAGAAUCAACAGGUAACUCAAUCGCUGGGCACAGCAGCUAACAUCCUAAUUUUGUAAGCUAUUCUAAAUGUAACUCCAAUCCUGGCAGAUCUAAACUGGGGCCUCUUAGCUACAUUUUGCCUUUGUGGGCUUGGGAUACAUGAGACCUUGUUUCAAAUCAAUCAAUCAAUCAAUCAAUCAAUCAAUCAAACAAACAAACAAACAAAUAAACAAAACCAGAACCUCCACUCCUAACAAAAGUCCGAGCACCAAAGUUUCCAGAUGAGGCAGAUAUGCCUUUGUCUGAGACCUUUGUGAGGAUGCCCCUGUGCUCAUGGCUGGCAGGCCUUGACACAGACACACCGAAGGAGGCAAAUGGUAGAGAAUGGCAGCUGGUCUGUGAGGGGAUUUUGUUACUGGAUGUAUAGUAUUUUUCUGAAUCCCCAUGUUGGAAUUUUCAUCCCUAGUGCGCUCAGCACCUGAAAGUGGAGGCAGUGAAUGAGAUGUGAAGCUAAAUGAGGUCACAUGACCUGGUCCCUAACCCUGAGAUCACAUGGCGUAGUCCCUAACCCCCGAGAGACUGGUGUCCUCAGAGAUAAAAGAGCCUAGCAUACAGCCUGUGUGUGUCCAGAGGGCAAGCACUUGAGGAGGCAGGGACAAUAUGCUGUCUGCAGGCCAAGGAGAGAGGCCUCAGGAGAAUUUAGCCUGGGACACUUCCACCUGGGACUUCUGGCCAUCAGCAUGUGAGGUAAGCCUCCCAUUUCAGGACUUCCACCUUGAACUUCUGGCCUCCAGCAUGUAGUGUAAGCCUCCCAUCUGAGGUGCUCUGAAUUGAUUAACACAUAAACCAAUGGACGGAGUCAUCAGUAUGACAAGGGAUCACCGAGUGCUCCCAGCCCAGGAAUCUCCACGACUGUGAUGUGGGCUCAGCAUAGCGCUGGCCUACAGGUGGAUUGGGUCUGGGAGUCAGAGGCAGGGCAGAAAGUUCUGGAAACAGAGAGCAGCCUGAACAUGUUCAUGUAGCUACAGACCACUAAAAAUUGUGGCCAGAGCAAAUUUUGAUACAUAGUAUAUGUGACCUCAAAGGCUGGCUGCCUUAGACUCUGUCAUAGCACAUCAGAAAUGUCUUCAUGUGUGUUCUGCAGAAAAAUGGUGGCAAUUUGGACACAUUGAAAUAAAAUGUAAAAGUCC